GUGUAUAAGGAAUAUAAAGACAGGUUCUGUUCCUGAAAUUACUCACUUCAGAUCUGCUCUUACGAACUUUACAGAGGCUCAGUGUCUUCAAAGCUCGCAAGAUGGCUUUUUUCAAGAAAUUCUUAGAGCAACAAAAUGACGACAAGGGUUUUAAACCUGCUCCUUUUGAGACGGGAUAUUUUGGAACAGUCAAGGCUGGUACUAAUUUUAAUGCCCAGAAUGAUGCUGAAAAAUUAAAGAAAGCCAUUGAGACCAAAGGUGUGGAUGAAGCCACUAUUGUAGAGGUGAUAGCAAAGAGGAGCAAUGCACAAAGACAACAGAUCAAAGCAGCUUAUCAGCAGAGUACAGGAAAAGCUCUGGCAGCUGACUUGAAAAAAGCUCUGAAGUCAGAUUUUGAGGAAGUUGUCCUGGCCUUGCUGAUGACUCCUCCCGAGUAUGAUGCUUUUGAAAUGAAAAGAGCCAUGAAGGGUCUUGGGACAAGUGAGGCCGUCCUAAAUGAAAUUCUGGGGACCAGGUCAAACAAGGAGAUUACAGCAUUGAAGACUUCUUAUAAAGAAGUCUACGGAGAGCUGUUGGAGGAAAAUAUUAAAAGUGAAGUUAAAGGAGAUCUCGAGACUACCUUGCUUGCCCUUUGCAAGGCAACCAGGAGUGAAGACAGCAACAUUGACGAAGGAUUGGCUAAGAGUGAAGCAAAGGCUCUUUUUGAAGCAGGGGAGAAUCGGAUUGGCACUGUUUGCUCUGUUUUGAUUGACAUCCUCACAAACAGGAGUGAAGCUCAGUUGUGCAAAAUUUUACAAUGUUAUGCCCAACUGAGCAAAGACGGUUUGGCUAAAGAUCUUGAGGGUGAGCUGCAUGGAAGCUUUGAAGACUGCCUGAUGACCCUGGUGAAGGGUGCUUGGAACAAACCUGCCUACUUUGCAGAAAGGCUUCACCUGGCAAUGAAGGGGUUAGGAACCAACACUGACACACUGACUAGAAUCAUUGUGAGUCGUUCAGAAAUUGACCUGCUGAAAAUCAUGCAAGAAUACAAGAGGAUGUAUGGCAAAACCCUUCAGGAAGACAUUCUGAAAGAAACAAAGGGGGAUUAUGAAAAGAUCAUGCUGACCAUCUGCGGAGCUCCAUAGAUAACAAUCAAUAUCUUCAUUCAACUGGAUCAUGAUAAACACAUUUGUUCAUUAAAUGGGUGUAUUCAUGACCCGUGUAAAGCCUAAUCUCCUCAGGGUGUGGCUUCUUUGUAGUGUUUCAAUAAAACUCUUUGUGCAA